AGAAAGAGGGAGACUGUGACUCGCCGAGGGAGUGUAGAAUUGGCGAGUGCCUCACGUUCUCCAUUUUUCAUUCGAGUCUCAAAGUGAUCGGCAUCUCGAAGGUGAUCUUCGAUUUCGGCGAGCGCAAAGGCGUCGUCUCGUCGUUGUGCAGAUGUUCACCGAAGUCUCGCUCAGCUUCUUAGCUUUGUAGAGGACAACGGGUGCAUUUCUUGUAGCAGAUAACAGGAUUCUACAGUCAAGGUGACGAAGAGAAAUACUUAUAACGAAAAGAAUCGGGUCACAGCCAUGAAAUCCACGAUUGCAUUACAACAAUUUAAAAAAUGCAUCAUCUUGUUCAUGAUAGGCAUUGGAUGUAGCUCCUUGACGUAUAUGAUUUACAUCAUCGAUCCUAUAACCAUGAUAUUGGAAUAUAAUUUACAAAUGAGGCCUCAUUCAUUUCUCUUCAAAAUAUGGAAGGAACCAAAUCUUGAUAUUUAUUUAAAAAUAUAUAUAUUUAAUAUUACCAAUCCGAUAGAAUUUCUAAGUGGCAAAGAGAAGCUUAAACUUCAAGAACUCGGGCCAUAUGUAUAUCAAGAAUAUCUUGUAAACGACAACAUUACAUUUAAUGAUAAUGAAGACACUAUAAGUUAUGUCCCCAGAAGAACGGUAGUUUAUGUUCCCGAAAUGUCAGUCGGUGAUCCUAUGGAAGACAUAGUCAACGUCCCGAAUAUACCUUACUUAGGUGUUUCAUCUGCUUUGAGUGAUGCCGGAUUUAUGGUGAACUAUCCUAUAGUACAAUUAGCUAAUUUAAUGAAUACCAAACCAAUUCUCAAUAUCUCGGUAUACGAUUAUCUGUGGGGCUACGAGGAUUCGUUAGUAAAAUUGGCCAGUAGAAUCGUGCCAAAUUUUAUCAACUUCCUAAAAUUCGGUCUCUUGGACAGGAUGUAUGACGAGGGGGAGAAUAUUGUGACGGUGACUCUUCAGAAGAAUGCUGACAUGGCAGAAGAGAAAGGACGAUAUCUCAGCAUCGACAAGUAUAACGGCAGUCCUGGAAUGGCGCAAUGGGGAUACGUCGAAACGGAAGGCAACGAGACGCGAGAAGAGAAUACAAAAUGUAACAUGCUUCAAGGUGCCACGGAAGGUAUUGUAUUCCCGUCGUAUAUAGACAAGCGUGCCAUUUUUAGGAUUUAUAGGAAAGCGUUUUGUCGACCGUUACCGAUUAUAUUCAGGAAAGAGAUUUGGGCGGAUAACGGCCUGCCAGGAUAUUUUUAUACUCUCACGGAUGAUUUUGCCUCUCCACCCGAUCGGAAUCCGGAUAAUGAAUGCUUUUGCCGCAAAAUGAAGACCUGUUUGAAGAAAGGAUUAGUAGACGUAACACCAUGCUAUUACAAUAUCCCAGCAGCAGUAUCGCUACCACAUUUCCUUGAUGCCGAUCCGAGUUUGCUAGAAAAUGUGGAGGGUCUUAAACCCGAUCCAGAGAAACAUAAAUCUUACGUAAUAAUUCAGCAGACAGUUGGUAUGCCCAUGUUCUUCCACUCUAGAAUGCAGACGAAUUUGAUAAUGAGUCAUUUACGCUACAAUUCUAAAAUUGCAGUAUUCAGUGAUACAACGAUACCCUUAUUUUGGUCCGAUUUGUCUGUUACAUCGUUACCGACCUAUAUAACAAUCAUAUUGAAGUUGGUACUUCGAAUAUUACCGAUCGCACAGAUAAUGUUCAUGUACCUACUUGGCAUAAUCGGAGUGACGACGUCAGUGUUAUCGCUGAUAUCUAUUAUGUGGAUAUUCAAUCAGCAACAGCAGCAAGAGCAGGAAAUGAUUAAAAAUAACGACAAUUCCGAUUCAAGGGUACCCUUGUAUAAUGGCCAUUAUACUCCCAUCAAUAUUGUAUCGCCGCUCAAGAAGAUCGCAUCACAAACAGAUUGUUUGACAGAUUAUUAUAAUUAGGUGCCAUAGUGAAAAAUAUUUACAAUCGCAUAUCAUUGCAUGGAAACAUGAAAAUUUGUUUUUUUUUUUUGUAAAUUUGCACAUAACACUGAUAUGCGAUCCACAUCAAUUUACAAAUAAAGUGAAUAUCGAUGGAACUUUUUUAACAAUC